AAACACCGAGACGCGAAUGCUGCGUACGAUCAGAUCUUUCAGUUUUAAUUGCAGGUGAUAUAGAGGGUGUGUCACAUAAGGAUAUUAUGACACAGAUAUCAGGAAAGACCUCGAUCCCGAUCGUUUAUGUUAUGAAACGUCUGAAAAAUAAUUUCGGGCAUAUCCAUUUUCACACCGGAGAUGACGUCGAGUUAUUCUGUGCAACCGUGAAUGAAAAAUAUGCAGUAUUUCCCAAUGGACAUGGUCGGCGCAACAUUAAGUGUUCACGAGCAACUGGUAGACCGAAAAACCCACAACCACCCAGGGCUCGUCAUGCGUGA